AUGGAUCCGGAACAAAUUCUUCUCGACACUAAUGAUUUCGAGGAUGGUUCGGAUUACGGUGAUUACGAGUUCAUACAGGACCAGGAUGCACUGUCGUUGAAUGCUCCGCUCGAAACCAUUCUGGACCCGUCAACUGCACCAGUCUCGUGUCAAUCGUCUCCGAACGAAGAUACGCUGGCGAUAGCGCAAAGCUUGGAUGAACAGACCGCUGGUGACACUGGCAGCAGCAACAGUAACAGCAGCGUCAACAACAACACCACCACCACCAACAGGGAAGCCACGAUCCGUACUGUCGCACAACAAGGACAACCGAACCGACCGCAGCAUCAGAAGCUAACGAUCAAAACGAUUAUCCUUAGUGCGUCCGGGACAUCGUCAGCGAUCGUCGGCAGCGGAUCCGGCACGUCCCUGGUAACGCUCAACAGUGGGACAGCAUCGUCUUCCUCCUCGAACGCUUCGUCGCCGGCCUCAUCCUCCCCAUCGUCCGUAUCCUCGCCGGCACCGUCGAUCGGUGGUUCCACUGCCACGGUACGGUUCGGGCUUGGCGGUGGCAAACCAUCGGCGGCGGCACUACGCCGUGGUCCCGGACGACCCAAAAAAGAUUUCAUUCCCCUGCUGAAGAUGUCAUCAUCCGGUGGCGGCAGCACAAACUCCUCCGCAACGGGCGGAGGAGCGUCCGGGUUCGUCGGUACGUCAACGAUGAUCAAGCUGACCGGUGCGACGAUCGCGGCCGCAACAUCGCUGACCGGUGGCAGCACAUCACCCUCGCCCGAGAGCAAGAUCGUUAAAAGUCCAAGAACCCCGUUUCCACUGCUUUUUAGAUAUAAGAGUACUAAUGUUGUUCGUGGUGGUAUCCCUAAAAGGAAAGUGGAACUAGCCGCCAUUACAAUGCACGAUACCACCGUCGCUACCGGCAUUACUUCCAUUGCCGCAAACAGCACUGCCACCACCGCCGGUAUUAGAAGCCCAUCGGGAGGUACGACCCUGCCGGCGCCUUUAUCUUCACCAACGGCAGGCACACCAACGUCUGGCGGUGGAUUCGGUUCACUGCUAUCGUCGCCGAACGAUGAUGGUCCUACAGGUGGUGCCAGCACAGCAAAUAGCUCCGUCGCAUCUACCCCGACCGGAGAGAUCGAGGGCACCGAUCCGGCACUGCUGAUGCCAGCUCCCGACGAUAUGCCAUACUUUCCCGAGAAGUACCCCGGCAAGCUGUGCAUCCUGUGCAAUCUUGGCGAACGCAGCCAGCUAGGACAGGGCGAAAUGUUGCGCAUCGAGAUGACACUAGCGGCGGAUCAGAUUGCAUCCGCCUUGUCACAGGAAGAAAAAGCCCAAGCGUCGGGCGGGUCUACCGCGUCGAACGAUAGCUUCGGUGACAAAAGUCCGCGUGCGUCCAGUUUGUUGGGACCGCCGCAGCUAGGUAGCAGCAAGCGCCAGAAAGGUUCGAACAAGUGCAAAAAUCCAAUACUAAACGCAGAGUAUACGGACGAGCUGGAGAAGAUCGGCCACCUGGAGGUGCUCGAUAGCUCGAUAAAUGACGGAGGAUAUUUCUACAUUCACCGGUCGUGCGCGCUUUGGUCGUACGGGGUCGGUCGGGAUCCGGUCAGUGGAACGCUCAGCAACCUGGAGGUGGUGGUUGUACAAAGUCUUAGCAGAAGGUGUCACUUUUGCUCACAUUUCGGUGCCAGUUUAUCGUGUAAGAUGUCGUGCCCUAAGUGGUAUCACUUUCCGUGCGUAGCUGCCUCCGGCGGUUUCCAGGUCAUUCAGACGUACAGCAUCUUCUGCAAGGAGCAUCUGGGACAAGUGCCUUUAGUGUGUACGGAGGACAUCAACUGUCGGCAGUGUUCGGCCCUGGGCGACGUCGGCAAUCUGAUCAUGUGCUCCAUCUGUGGCGAUCACUACCAUGGUACGUGCGUGGGCCUGGCCCAGCUACCCGGCGUGCGAACCGGCUGGCAGUGCAAUUCCUGCAAAAAGUGCCAAAUCUGUCGUGUACCUGACUCGUCCGAGGGGCGCUCGGUGGCGUGCGAACUGUGUGAUAAGAUCUACCACGCCAGCUGCCUUCGACCGAUCAUGACGUCCAUACCGAAGCUCGGCUGGAAGUGCCGCUGCUGUCGGGUGUGUUCGGACUGUGGGGCCCGCACACCCGGUGCCGGUGCAUCGUCCCGGUGGCACUCACACUACACCGUGUGCGACUCGUGCUAUCAGCAGCGCAACAAGGGCUUCUCGUGCCCGAUCUGUCAUCGGGCGUACCGGGCGGCGGCCCAUCGUGAGAUGGUGAAGUGUAGCGUGUGCUUCAAGUUCGUGCACAGUACGUGCGAUCCAGACGCGGAGCUGUCGGUGUACAAUGCGCGCAAGGAAGCGAACCCGGACUACGAGUAUCUGUGCAGUCCGUGCAAGAUGGUGAUUCACAGCGGACGUUUAGCUGCGGCACUGCGCCGGAGCAGCAAUGUGGACGAGGACAGUAUGUCACUGUCGCAGGAAAGUCUGAACGAUGAAGCGAUGGAUGUGGAUGGACCGGAUGGUCGGGAAGGUACGAUGCGGGACAGGCUGGAUCGUACGGGCGGCUCGCUGGACGUCGGUCUCGGCAAAGGAAAACCGUACGUGGCGAGUAAAAUUGCGAAAAAACGGCUCGGAUUGGCGCCGGGUAUCGCUGGAAACCGACCGAAGGGGCUUGGUAAAGGAUUUCAGAAAAAAUCACGCCUUGCGGACAUUACGCGAAAGCGCGGCUCUAAAGCGAAGAUGCGCGGAAUAUUCGGUGUGCCUGGGCUGGGUCUGCAACGGCCAACGGCCGAUCUCGCGCUAACGGCCAAGACGAACGAGGAGGAACCGGGUGGCGAGAAUCGGUUAGUGUUGUGCUCGGCAAAGGAUAAGUUCGUGCUGACGCAGGACAUUUGUGUGAUGUGCGGUGCGAUCGGUACGGAUCAGGAAGGUUGCCUGAUUUCGUGCACCCAGUGUGGCCAGUGCUACCAUCCGUACUGUACGAACGUGAAGGUAACGAAGGUGAUCCUGCAAAAGGGUUGGCGCUGUUUGGAUUGUACGAUCUGUGAAGGUUGCGGCCAGCGGCACGACGAGGCGCGCCUGAUACUGUGCGACGAUUGUGACAUUUCGUACCAUAUCUACUGCAUGGAUCCACCGCUGGAGCAGGUGCCACAGGGUACGUGGAAGUGUAAAUGGUGUGCAAUGUGCCUUAAGUGUGGCGCCAACAGUCCGGGCUACAACUGUGCCUGGAUGAACAGCUACACGGAGUGUGGUCCGUGCGCUAGUCAGCAGAACUGUCCGUCGUGUAACGAAGGUUAUGCCGAGGGUGAGCUGAUCAUUCAGUGUCAUCAGUGCGAACGGUGGCUUCACUGUGGCUGUGAUCAGAUCAAAAAUGAAAUCGACGCGGAACGAUGCGCCGAGGACGGCUACAUCUGUAUGGGUUGCCGCCCGGCGGAUCAGCCACCGCCGCAUCUCGUACCGAAACGGAAAGCGUCCACCAUUGCUCCGCUGCUGCUCACCAAUGCGGCCACCAUCUCGAAAACGAACGCCAAGCCGGAAGAGAAGAGCGUUCCGCUUGCGCUCGAGGGUAACCACUAUCUCGAUGGUGUGUGCCUGAGCGAACACGGGCUAAACCAGAUCAAAGCACUGCAGGCAGAGUUCGGUAAGCGUGGCAAGCGGAAACCCAAACUUCCGCUCGAACCACCGCCCACCGAAAAGGAUGCCGGCAUACUGGCCGCGAUCGAAUCGGUAGUGGCGGGCAGCAGUCACGAUAACUCGCUCGAGGAAAUGCGCCUCGAACCGCUCGACCCGAAAGAGGAGGCCGAAAUCUACAAAGACGGUAUGGUGUGGAACGAUCCGACACCACCGGAAGGGUUUGCACUGUUCACGACGGAAAAUGGUACGGUCGUGCUGCGGAAGAAACGGCAGCGAAACCUGCAAAAACUAGGCAUCGGUGGGUUCUUCGUGCGGAACCGCGGCAUACGGACGAAGGACGGCAAGGAGGACGACGAUCUGGUGGAUGGGCUGGCGGAGGACGGUACGGAUGCGGCGGGUGCGGGUGGAACAAAACCAAAGAAGAAGCCAAUCCGACGCAAGCCGAAGAGUAAGCUAAUCGAGAUCUAUCCCAGCAUUCUGCAGGAUGCGUUCUUCGGCCGGACGCUGCUCGGCUCGACCAUGCCCAUGUUUGAGGCACCGGCGAGCGAUGAUGACGGUGUGCGUAGUGACGUUUCGGACGACAAGACGGUCAAGCUGUCGGCCGAAGAGUUAAAGCUAUUCGAGGCUGUGAAGAGUAAGGAGGAGGAAGCGGGCAGUCUGCCGAAAGAUCAUUCCGACCAUUCGGCCGUUACAAGCGCGGCUAUUGCUAGUCAGAUAGGGCAGACUGUGAAGAGUCCAGCGAAUAUAGUCGCACUGCCGCAAACUGUUGGACAGCAACGACCGCCCACAGCGGUACCACAGUCGCAACAGCAUACGGGCGCCACCGGUACCAACGUACCGUCAUCAGCAGCAGCAGCUGGUUUAAUGUCUUCCACCGGAUCGAACCCUGCGAUUAGCAAUUUUACCUCGAAGGAUACACCGAACGGUGUUCAUAUGGCAUCCACCACCACCACCACCAAGAUGGAGGAGGACGACAACAGCGACACGGAAGCGUUGAACGAUGUGCUGGGUUUGCCGAACGAUUUAAUAGAGGAAGAUUUCGUAAGCCAAAUCAUGACCGAGGACGAGCUGAUGAAGCACUCGGGUGCUUUCGAUGAGCUGGCGACCGAUCCGGAGCUAUCCGAUAGUUUAGCAAAAUCAUCCAAAGAUGAGCUGGUUGACAUGUUGAGCCCUCACUUUGAUCUGACCAACAUUGGUCAGAUGGAUAGUAAGGUGGUGGAGGAAAUCUUCAAAACCGUUCUUACGGACGAAUCACAGGAAUCUCAGGAAUCUAUGCUUGCCAGCUCGAUGACUCCCUACACCUCCAACACAUCGACACCCUCUCAUAGUACCGAUGUUACGAAAAAGGCUGUGAACACAAGAUACAUUGCGACGGGCGGACAGACGAUGGUACAACCAUCUCAACCGCAACAUUCAAUGCAAGAUCAGCUUCAAUCCCAGCAGCAGCAGCCACCACUGUCCGCACCGCAUCAGCAACAGCAAAUGCAGCAAAGAGCAAUUCAGCAGCAGGUAGUGCUGACGCAGUCGAUACAACCGCCCAACCAGCAGGGUGUGUUACCGGACCAGCCGUCUAUCGGUGCCAUAAUGGGUGGAAUGCAAGCCACAGGUCAACCGCCGACACAGCAGAUUACCAAUUCCAUGGCCGUUAUUCCUCAGUCACACAUAUCGCAAACCGGAAUCGGACCGCAGGCAUCCAUGGGCGGACAGAUGAUGUUGCAACAGCAGCAGCAAUCUCAACACCAACCCGGAAUCGGUGGUAUUAUGACCGCCGGCAUUAUGCAGACAUCGAGCAUGGGUCCGAGCGGUGCCCAACAGCAGCAACCACAGGGAAUGCCCAAUACAUUCACCAUGAUGCAACAGCAGCAGCAGCAGCAGCAACCGCCACAACAGAUGUCACUACCGGUCGGGUCGGUGGUCGAUACAAAUUCACCAAAUCAGCAGCAACUAUCUCGAGGGUAUUUUUCAAAUGACUUCCAUUCGCACAGCACUAUGCUUGGUGGAUAUCAAGAUCCGGGACAAAAUCAACCCUCCGGUACGAUUACGACACAGGCACCAUUGCAACCGACCGGUCAGUGGACGAAUCAAAACCUACAGUCGGUACCGUGCGCAACGCCCAUGGAUACUACUCCGGUAUCGGCCCCAGUGUUACCGGGACCGGCUGGUGGUGCCGGCGCGGGUGGUGAAAUGAUCGGUACAUUAGACGAAACAAAUGUGAAAAGUGCGCAAAAGUUAUCGGAAAAAAUGCGCAAGGAUGAAAUGCUGGGCGAUAUGGCGACGAUUUCGUCCGUACUGUACUGCAACAUGCGCCAUCCGGAGCUGAAAACGGAGUUCCCGAACUGGAAUGAUCGCUGGAAGCAAAUCAGCAAACGGUGGCGGCUGCUGUCGAACGAGGAAAAGCAACCGUUUCUACAGCAGGCCCGCGACAAUCGUUCGGCCAGCAAGAUGAAGAAAACGCAACAGGUACCACAAUUAUCACCCAAAGAUGGCAAUAGCAAUAGUUCUGGUACGAUGAACAUUGUUGGCCCAUCGUCCGCAUCUUCUCCCUCUUGUUCCUCAUCAUCGAACAUAUCGGGAUCGCUAACCACGGAAUCGGGUUCAAUCAUAAUCGGUUCGGACCAAACGGUGGCGGCUGGCGGUUUGGUUCAGCAGCAUCAAAUCAGCAUACACCAUCAUCAUUCGCAGCCACAGCAGCAGCAGCAGCAGCAGCAGCACCAGCAGCAACAGCAGCAGCAGCAGCAAUCUCUCGGUGUUCAUCAAACGAUGCAGCAACAGACAACGCUCGGACAGCAGCAGCUGCUGCACGGGAACGCGCCGCUACAGUCGCAACUACUAGAGGAUCAAGAUAAGAUCAAUGCACAACAGAAAAGUAUGCGCGAAGCGGAACAGGAGCGGCAAUGGAAGCAGUUGCAACAGCAACGCGCACGAGAGCAACAAUCGCAACAGCAUUUACUCCUACCUGAGCAAAGGAUGCAAGGUGAUCCCACCAUGCAGCUACAAGUGGCGACUGAUAUUGGGUCUGCCGGUGUUGGACCGAUGGCAAGCCCAUCGCCCAAUUCGCGCGGACCCUUUGUGUCGCCGGUCAGCAAGAAUCGCAUGGCACCGGCCGUCGGUACGAUGGGAAUGAAUGCCCCAUCCAGUCCGGUGUCGGGCAACUUUCAACAUCCCGGUAUGGGUAUGCCGGCGAGGGGUCUACCGGUACAGAUGCAGCAACAGCGGCAAAUACAGACCCAAGUCGGUGGUCCAACCGUGCGAAUGCCAUUGAGCCCCUUUUCGCCGCAAUCGCAGCAGCCCCAAUCGCCGCAUGAUAUGCUGCCCGAAUCACCUGCCAGCCAGCAUUCCGGCAUGGAUCCGUUCGUUCGGCCACCGUCCGAGGGUAUGGCCGAUACGUACGCAGUGCACCAUUCUCCCCAGACACCCCGUUCGAUGGGACACCAAAGUCCGGUGGCGGCUACGAACAGAAGCCCGGCGUACACGGGACCACAAAUGGGCACGAAUUCGGCCGGCACACCAACAGGCAUGCGUAUCAACACGAUGGAUUCGGUUUAUUCCGGUGGAGCACCAGGCACACCGAGGCCACAAUUUUCCACCGGUACAUCCCGGCCAACGGUGUACGCGCGCCCAAGCGAUUUGAUCAAUCUUAUGCAAAACUCUCCGUUUGCAUCACCGCGCUCGGAAGGUUUCGCCCAAUCACCGCAGGAAGGGAACCGACAGCUUCGUGACCUGCUGCAACGGCAGCAGCUACCAACUCCCAACAAUUCCGUCACUGGGGCAACUGUCGGGGGUUCAAACUUAAUGCAACAGCAAACUGCCACCCAACAGCCACCACAAUCGCCAGGAGCAUUUAUGGACGAUCAACAGCAUCAACAGCAGCAGCAGCAGCAACAGUCACAACAGCUCCAGCAGCAACAACACCAACAGCAGCAAUUACAGCAGCAAACGCAGCAACAAUCACCACAAUUGCUUCAUCAACAAUCGCAGCUACAACAACAACAACAACAACAGCAACAGACAGGAAUAGUACAAACCCAAGGAACAGUGAUGCCUUCUAGCUCUACGGAUAUGGGAACGUUCAGACAACCAUUGCCACCAAAUAUGAUGGCACGGCCCCGCAUGCCCGGAACAUUGAUUCGUCCAUCGGGUAAUAUCGUUCUAGGAGCGAACAAUCAAAUAUUAGUACGGCAGCAAAUUGUUCGCACCGCCGGCACGAAUCAAAUGGUGAUAACACAGCAAGGCAUGAUGCAGCAACAGCAGCAGCAACAACAGACCGGCCAAAUAAUGCGUCAACGCAUGCAGCUUGUUGGCCAAACCAAUGCCCCUGACGGAACGCAAUUUGUAACGCCCAACGGCCAGCUAAUACAUUCCCAACAGCAGCAGCAGCAGCUGAUGAACCAACAGCAAUCACAAGUACUUACCUCUUCCCAAACCGAUCAGCAGAACAUAGCGCUCCUAGCGCAGCGGCUUGCGGGCGAAAGUGAAGCCCACGUGCCUUCCCAGAACAACAUCGUCCGUGGACCGCAACAGCAACAAAGUCAAAAUCCGCAGCAAACACCGUCUACCGGUCCCCAGUCGGACGGAUCGUCCGAAAUCCCGGACAGUGUUAGUGCGGAGCUGGAAAAGCUAGAGCAGGAAGACAAUACCGGCAUGGGCGAGGUCGAAGGUGUUGGUGAUCUGCUCGGUGAGCUGAACGACGAUGAUGCGGAGCUGCUCGAUUCGUUGACAGCCGAAAUGGGCGAUCACUUCAACAUUCUGGAGUACGCCGAUCCCGAACUGGAUACAACGGACGGUGAAAAGUCUAACUUGCUCGAUAGUUUGGAGUUGGACGACGAGGCGAAAGAGGCAGAAGCCAAAACCAGACAGAAACAGGGUGAGACUGUUGAUUCAACGUUUGAGAAAAUGGAAGACCAAAGCAAACCGGUCGGACCGUCGGUUGCAAGAAAUAUGGCGGCAGGUGGUAUCAUACAGCAGGACCUUUCAAACUCGGGUGUGGUUGGACAGAAUGCGAUGCAGAACAGUAACUUUGCCACCGUUCAGAGUCAGAUGAUGCAACAACAACACCCGCAGCAACAGUUUGGCCAGCAGCAGAUAUUAACUUCCGUUGCCGGCCCGCAACAUAAGCUCUCGACGGCGACACAAAUGAAAACGGUGCGACCGAACAUGAUUGGACAAUCUUCGAUGCAACAAAUGCAACAACAACCACAACAACAGUUACAACAGGGGGUUGUCGUCGGACAAAAUACGAUUGUUGGUGGACCUAGGCUGAUGACAACGGAUGGAACUGUGGGCGUUGUCGGAACCGCCACCAUGAAGGCUGGAUUCAUGAACCAACAGCAACGCAUGCAGCAGUUGAAACAGCUCGGACCGAACGGUGGUGGAGGUAUGGUGCAGAACAUCAUUCCGACCGGUCAACCACAACCAAGAAUGAUCCAUCAAAUGGCGGGUAACAGGAUGAUACAGACGCCGGCCAACCUGCCGAUGCAGACGCAGCAGUCACAUCAGCAACAGCAACUCAACGCAGGCAUUGGCAAUCAAUCACAAAUGGUGAUGCAACAGCAGCAUCAACAACUGCAAGCACAGGGACAGAGUGUUCAGCUGCAGCAGCAGCAGCAGCAACAGCAGCAGCAACAACAACAGCAAAAUGUGCCUGGAGCUGUUGGUCAGCCACCUCCUCCACCAUAUCCGGAACCGCCGCCACCCUAUCCCGGCAAUCAAUCAGGACCAAACAUGCCAAUUAGUGGCAAACCAAUGCAGGAGCAGCGUCUUUUGCUGGAAGACAUGGUGGAACAGGAGAAGCGUGAACAGGCCAACCAACUGCAGCAUGCCGGUGAAAUGCCAUCCAAUCAAGGCAUGAUGAACGAUCAGGAUUACGACCGACUGCUAAACAGUCAGCAAGGUGUCGGCCGGCCCUUACAGCAACAACAGGGUAUGGUAGCUACACAACAAACCCCAACCCAGCAGCUUCAAUCUCCUACGGUUAUGCACCAGCAGCAGCUACAAAUGCAAUCACCUAACGGUGGUCAGUUUAUGCUACAGCAGCAGCAACAGCGAAUGACUACACAAUGGCGCCCAAUGACACCGACGCAAUCCACACCAAACCCGGGUGUUAAUGUAAUGGGGCAACAGCAACAACAACAACAGUCUCAAAUUGCUGCCGGUGGUGGCGGACUUAUCAAUCAGCUGCCAAAAAAUUCGACGGUUUCUAUGACAACCGUUCCGUCGCCCUCGUCGGCCGGAACCGGCGCUGUUCCACCGCAAACCGAUCCGACGGCCAACAAAUCGAUCCCGUUGUUUCAGGCAAAUUUGCAGCCACAACCACCGCAACCUCCCGAAACUAUCGCUACCGAACAGGAUCGCUUGCUGCAGAUAAAUUACGAAAGCUGGCUCAAUCAGCAGAAUGCAGUGCUAUCGAAUCAGCUCAAAUAUUACGAAACGGAAAUAGUGAAACUACGGAAGGUGAAAAAACAGCUCAACACCAAGCAGCGGCACAUGCGCAAGCAGGGCAACGAGCUAACGGAGCACGAUGCGAAGGAGCUGCAAAGAAUCACCGCGGAUCAUACGAUCAUACAAAAGCAGCUAGAAAACGCACGGCGUCAGCAGAGGCAACAUUCGGUGAUACUGCAGGAGUACAAAACGAAGCACCAGUCGAACAAACCGCAAACAUCCGGUUCUACAACACCGGUCGGAGCACCGGGCAGCUCACCGGCACAGUCGCUAAUAGCGCCACCGUCACCGCUAAUGUCACCCUCACCGAGCUCGCAACCGGGACCGCUCUAUCAUCCCCCCGUACAGUCACCGCUGAGCAAUCCCAUUCUGCAGCCGAAUCAAAGUCCACUGCACUCGCCCAGUCCGCUGCUGUCUCACAGUCCGGGACCGGCAAGCGUAAAUUCAUCCGUACUGCAAAGCCCGGGUGGCAAUCAUACGAACUCGAACAGUGCAAUGUCGCCGUACAGUACGAUGCAACCUUCGCCCCGUAUCGGUACACCGCAUUCACAGAUCGAUGAGAAUCCGUUCAGUCCCGGUCCCGGUGGUCCUUCGCCGUCUCCAUCACUACCGGGGCGGUUGACAUCGCCGGCACCUCGUAUGACCUCACCCCAGCAUCGUAUGGCCGGGCAGCAAUUGGUGGUCGGUGGUGCUGGCCGUAUGGUGCAGAGCCCUGGCAAUCAAUUUAACCAGCAGGGCAUGACGAUGCAGAACGCCAUGAUGAACUCGCAAAUGCCGCAACAACAGCUUCAACAGCAGCAACAGCUACAGCAAACACGCUUCGUACGGCCCCAAACCAUACCGAACGAUCCGAAUGUUCGUAUGCGAGUGGUAAACAGCAUUCAAAUGCAGCAACAGCAGCAACAGCAACAGCAACAGCACCAGCAACAACAUCAACAAAUGAUGGUUCAAAAUCCCAACAUUCGGCAAGUGCAACCGGGUGCUGUUGUCGGAACUGGGUACAACUCUCCGCUGGGCAGCCCGCAACCGACCAUGUCACCGGGAGGCAGCAUGAACCAACAACAACAGCAACAACAACAACAAUCGCAACAACAGACGAUGGAUCCACGCACAAUGCAGUUUUUGCAGCAACAGCGUAUGCAACAAAUGCAGCAGCGUCAGCAGAUGAUGCAACAACAGCAACAACAAUCACCGCAGCACGGUGGUUCCGCUGGUACUGGAACAAUGAUGCAUCAACAACAGCAACCGAAUCAGCAACAACAGAUGCAGCUAAUGCAGCAGCAGCAGCAACAACAACAGCAGCUGCAAAUGCAGCAAAUGCAACAACAACAAAUGCAGCAACAGCAGCAGCAGCAGCAGCAGAUGAAUUAUGCAAAGCAAAGUCCAAUACAUCAGCAACCACCUUCACCACUCUUGAGCCAUGGAGGUGGUAAUACACCCUCAUCUUCACCGAUGCCUCAAAGCCCGAUGAUGUACUACAGCCAACAGCAACCACAGCAGCAGCAGCAAGGGCAACAAAUGCAGCAGCAACUGAUGCGCCAGCAAUCGAUGCCCAACUGUGAAGGUUAUUCCAAUACCGGCGGUGGUGGUGGUGGUGGUAUGAACCAUCCGUCCAAUCCGAUACCGCUGCCAUUCGGCAAGUUUGGUUACAUCAAGCUCGGUCUUCGUGGCGGCUCCCCCAUGUGGGGCAAUGCCCGGGGUAAUAAGCGCACCAAUCCUGUCGCACAGUUUCAGCAACAACAGCUUCAGAAACAACAGCAAUUGCAGAAACAACAGCAACAGUCUGGUGCAAGUGGUAACGCGGGCACAUCGUCCGGAACACGACCGCCACAAGCUGCCGCUUCGUCCGAGGUGAGAAAGCCAACGGUUAACGCAACCGGUGCGUUCAUUCAGCAUCGGAAUCGCAUCACCAUCGUGCAGAAACCGGCGGCCGGCGUAAUGAACGCCGUUGGUGUCACGCUGAAGCCAGUUGGGGGGGUUGGUGGCGGAACGGAUGUGGUGGUUAGCGGCAACACCAACAGCAGCUCCAACGUCGAAGAGAUCGUGGUAAUUGACAGCAGUCCCGAUGAGAAACAGCAGCGACUGCUAGAUUAUGACGAUGAUAAUGAUAAGACGCUGGUGGGUACGGAAGUGUCACUGAAUUCGGUCGCACAGCUCGGUGUCGAUGGGGAUGAAGCAAUUAUGGAACCGUUCGGUACCGGCACUCCUGCCGGGUACGAAAUCGUUGGCAGUCCGCUGGAUUCACAGAUUGCUGCCGGCGAGUAUAAUCUCUUUUCGGAGGACGUGGUUGAGUGUGUGGACAGUGAGGAUGGAGCGAGCGUUUCAGCGGUGUCGGGAGCAAAGAAGGACUCCCGGACGGUUGCGGUAGAGUUGCUGAUGGAUGCGGUGGAUAGCAGCUCCAAGGAUAAACCAUUGUUGGGCAGCUCGGAAAUUGAGAUAGUGGAGAGCAUCGACGAGAGCAGCAUCGGUACGACGGCGGAAGAUUUCGAGGCAAUGAUCGAUAGCCGGCCCAAGGAAGUUACACCGCCGGCUGUUACCGCGGAAAUCCAAAACACCGCGCCGCCCAAAGCUGAUCCCGCUAACACGCGAAAGGAAGAGAAGGUUGCUGAUAAAGCAACCACCCCUAAAAAGGAAGUGACGGUAGUUACAGUGCAACAGCAGCAGUCAAAGUCAUUCUCAUACCCAGCAGCGCGGAUUGCCAUUCAGCAGGCCUUGAUGCAGAACCGGCCGAUCGUUGCGGCCGGCCAUCAGCGGUUCGUGAAGGAUGCAACCGAAUCGACCGCCAAGCUGUCAAUUGGCAACACCACCAUCUCGGUGCCGAUACUGAAAAGCUUUCCAACGGCCGCCGCACCGUCUAAAGCGGCUGGCGCCGAACAGAACGCGGCGAACAAGGCCGCAACGCUGGCGACACAUUCGAAGAAAAUCAUCAACACAUCGGGCGGGCUGUCGAUCAGCAACAUUGCGAAGAAUCCGUCCGGUGGUACCGUGAUUGCCGUCGCAGGACAGAAAAUAAACACGACCAGCAUCGUAACGCUUUCCUCGCUAAACUUGAACCAAUCCGCACCGUUCGUAACGAAAACGUUUGUGCGUCCUGGUGGUGCGUUAACGAUACAGCAGCAGAAGCAAAUCCCGGUUGGGUCGCAGAUAAAAAUUCAACCCAGCCAAACGUCCAUGGUUGCGGCGGCUGGGAUUCAACAACAAUCCACACAACAGACGGCCACCACCUCCGGUGCGAAUGCUAACCAAGCUAGCGCGUCCACCGCUGCAACAAGCAUGAGCUUCGGCGUGGUGCAAAGCACUGUUCAGCAUUCCGCCAGCUCGCAGCAGCAAAUCGAGGGCAUCGUAGUGAAAACGGUUACGAAACCGAAAGUAUCGUCCUCGCCGAGCCUUAGCUAUGCGAAGCUAUCGUCGCUUACCGUGACGCAGGAUGCGUCACUACCGACCAAAAUCUUCGAAGAUGAUUCCAUCUCACCGGACAGUUCGAUCAGCCAGGAAGACACGGACCAGCUACCGCUGGAAAAACCCGAACUUCCUACAGCGGUGGAAGACGGUGCAGCGAAAACCGUGGCUGAACCCACCGCACAGACCAGUCAGGACAGUUCGGCAAAUGUGGAGCUAAACCAAACGACUGAAUCGGGCGUCAAGAGCAAGCAGAACAUCAUUCCGGUACAUGUGAUAGCUAAAUCGCGCGAGAAUUCACGCAGUCCCAUCCUGACCGGUGCCUCGGGCCAACGGAUCGUGUCGUCGAUGCCGCAGCUGUCACCGUUGUCGCAACCGAACGAGCUAACGCUCAAUGCGAUGAAUGUGUCGCAGCAGGUGCGUUCCAUCAUGUCCUCGAUAAGCGUAUCGAAUGCGGCAAAUGUUACCGUCAGCAGUACCGGUACGCCGAACGUUGUACUGUCCGUGGCACCAUCCGUCCUGACGACGGCGUCCGGUGUGUCCACCACGAACGCACCGACGGUGGCCGCCAGCAACAUAUCCACCAUAACGUUCGAUACAAUACUGCCCUCGAAGGGCGACAACAUGAGCAAAACGGAAACGAUUGCCAGCAUACUGAAAACGGUGUCGGGAAAAACGAUUCUACCGGCGGCAGCGAUCGCUAGCAAUACGAACCUGAUCAAAACUUCCGAACAGAGCGCCGGUGGUGGUACUGCGCCACUAACGUCGACCACCAUCACACAAAUACCCGGUACGAAGCUGAUCACACAACAGCUGCAACUGAACCGGCUACAGGGCCAAACAAUUGGUGCUGGCAACAGUGGCAAUUUUCUGGUCGUCAAGCAGUUACGCACGCCGAACAAGCAGGCGGGCCAAAACCACACGCAGAAGCAGCUCGUGGUGCUAACGCAGCAGGCACAAGGAGGGCAGCAAAUUAAGCUACAAUCGCAUCAACCCCAGCAGCUGGCGGCCGGCAACAGUGUCAUCAUACAGAGCCAACCGAGCGGUCCCGGUGGUGGUAGUUUUGUGAAGAUAUCGACCACCCCGACCAUCGUGGCGACCGGGGACACCACGAGCAAAUCGGCUAGCACGACCACGGUGGAUACGAACAGUACGGCGGGUGGUAUUGCGACCAUACUCAGCAACGCAACCCAGCAGCAACACAAGACACAGCAGCAAUCAUCCCAGCAGGUUCAGUCGAUUUCCUCGCCGAUGCCGAGUUCGGCAGCUCAGCAAAUAAUAUGCACCAACCAAGCGACGGGACAGACGCGGAUACUUAACUUAGGCACCGUGGUAGCAACCGGUGACGGAACGUCCAGUAACCAAACCAAAUCCAUCGUGAUGAGCACCUCGCGGGCCGCUACUAUAACGAGUAUCAACGUCACAUCGACUACAACGACUCCCGUGGCCAGUAUUUUAAGUGCUACGCUGUCGCAACCGUUAAUCAAAACCGGCCACAUACCAUCGUCGAUCACCACGCUGCUCCAGAGUCAGCUGCAGAACGCCGCAUCCUUUCGGCGUUCCAAAUCCACCGAUGAGGCACCGGCUCACGUGCACGGGCGUGAAACAGCGUCGCAGAUAUUGAGCAAGCGGCUUAGCCUGGAGGCAACGAACGUCGUUAAAAGUGAACCGGUAGAGAGUGCCUCGGAUGAUGCAAGCGUCGUAAGCUCCACGUCCGCCUCAUCGAGCGCAACCGGUGGUAAUCAACCGAAGCCGGAUACAUCUGGCACCGGUAGUGGGUGCAAAUUCUCCACCAUGACGCCGUCGGGAACCGCCUCCAAGUCGGAGGAUUCACAAAACGUACUGCUGAAGCAGCUGUUGCAAAACAGUGGCGGUACCACCAACGCGUCGGUAUCGUCUCCGGCACCAUCACCGAUCGGUCGGACCGUGCCGAGUCUCAUCACGAGCCAGCGUGCCCCCAGUUUGGGUGUGGUGAGUUCACUCGAAGCGCAACUAGCGCGCCCCGUAAUUCCACCAUCGACAAAUCCUCCAGCGAUACAAAUCAUCAGCACCCAGGCCAUACCGUCGAUUGCCGCAGCGAUCACGUCCAUGUCCUCCACGACGGCGGCUUCGACGGCCUCCUCUACUGUGGCUGCGCUAACAAGCGCAUCCUCCACCAGCAUGUCGGCCGGAACUACGACAACAACCAUGGCAGUGACUACGGCCAGUAGCGCCGGUUCGGGGAGCAACAGCAGCAGCAGCACGGCAGAGACAACGAAGGCGAAACUCAUCUCAAGAGAAACUUCCUUCGUGUCCAAACCCUCCGGCAUAUCGUCGAGCCAUCCGACACCGAAUCUGGCUGCCAAUAUGCUUGCCGCUAGCAUGAAGAAGGAGGAAAUGCUACAGGCUGCAGCAGCGGCCGCAGCGGGCAGCUUUCCCACCGGAGUUCCCGCCGCGACUGUCGCACAAGGCACGGUGAAAAUUGAAUCCGGUUCGAUUACCGUAACGCAGAUACAAACAUCACAACCAUCGACCGUUGCUUCCCAACAACCACAAACAACGGCCAAGUCGAGUAUGCCGCAGCAGCAACCGCAACAGCCACCGAACGCCAACCAUCAGUUGCAGACCAAAGUGCCUAAUGCUCCGCCCGUAGUAGUGUCCGUGAGCUCUGCGCCGAAUGUUGGUGAUACAAAUGUAACUAUCACGAAACGUGACGCUCCGAUAACGCAGACAACCUCAAGCGUUACGCCAGCGUUACAGGCGGGCAUUAGUGUGACUGUUACGACGAAAACCGUGCCGGCUGAGGAGCAGAAACGGUUCGUACCGAGUCCGGUGCAGGUUGGCGACACAACGGUUGUUCGAACUCCUACUCCAACGCCAUCGGCCGGCAAUAUGCAACAACUGUCCAAGCCGUCGCCAGUCGGCCCGCGGCCAGAUACACCGGUUGAGGUAAAGAAAGAAUCGGAAUUAUCGUUAAGCAGUAGUAGUGCGACUUCGGUAUCCACUAUCACCACCACAACUGGCACCACGACCAGCUCAGCUACGACGCUACCAAUCUCGACGAUGGGUCCUCCAGUAUCGAUGCCACCAUCCGCAACAACUGCGACGGGUCAAACAACACCGGCAAUAAAAUCUCCCCUGCCCUCCAGCGGCACUGACUCGGUUACGGCAGCAAGCGUUUCAACUUCUGUCCCUAAAGCGGAAGGUGGUCCGCCGCUACCGGUUGGUGGUACAGUCGUCGUCAAGGAGGAACCAAUCGACAGUAACUCCGCCGAGCUGGCGGCCAAAAGGGCCGCCGAAAUUGCGCUCGAGCUCAAGAAGAAAAAGCGCCGAGAGUAUCAGAAAAAUCGCCGACAGAUGCAAAUUCAGUCCAACAAAGACAACCAGCACAAUCAGGCGAAGAAAAAGCAGAAAAAAUCGGUCAAGGUCGAGGAAGAUUACGACACGUGCAUCGACAACUUGAUGGGACAGCUGCGCCAGCUACCGCCGAUGCAGAUACUGGAACCGGAGCUGCCACGCAAUUACGGUGUGUGUUCGGUGUUCGGCACCGGCGAUCUGUCAAAGUUUACCAACCUGAAGGCGUAUUCGAUCGCGUGUGGUGAUUUGGCCGGUUGUUAUGGCGACGCGCACCUUCCAUCGGUGGCGGACUUUUACAACACGAAACCGUUCGGCGUAAAGGACCCACCGCCGGAACCGGCGCCCGUUUCCAUCCAUCGUGGAUUUUACGAUCAGGAGUUUGCACCGAUCAAGUUCGAAAUGGAGGACCGUCAGCGGUAUGAGUUUGUGCGCGACCGUGAGCUCGAUUCACCCGAUACGAUCAUCAGCACGUCGAGUCCGGAGUGUGUGCGGUGGGAUUCGCCCAUCGGGUUCCCGGGACUGCGGUUGAUCAAGGAGGAACCGAGCGACGACGAUCAGACGACCGUGUACAGACAAAUGUCACCGGUUAUUCCAAUACUGGCGCCAAUUCCAAUACGAUUACGCAAAGGCAUCACACUUUCCGCCGACACAGUGCGCACCAACGGCACAACGAACGUCACGGACAGCAACAAGGAAAACGAAGGCUUCAAGGAUACGCUCGGUGUAAAGUCGCGCUUUGGACCACCGACACCGCUGAAGGACACCAGCAACGUGACGGUCACGCUAACGCUCACCUCAUCGGCCGUCGAUGAUAUUUUCGGUGUUUUGCGCGAUCUGGCCAACAUGUUGGAGAUUCCACCGCCCACCACGUACCAAAUAGUGGAACGUACCGUGUCGCCAACCAGCCAAAAGCUGGGCCUGUACCGUACGAAGGGCAGGGAUGGUAAGGAGGGUACAUCGAUCGACAUUCAAACGAUCCUGAAUGGAUCGGCCCGGUUUUGUCGACACUGUGAUGUGGUGAUACUGAACAACAUAAUCAUCGCAAGUGCGUCCGAGUUCCCAUUGCUCGCGGGCAACGGGGACAACGGUGGUCACGGUUUGGAAUCGGAAGAGCUGUACUUCUGCGACGAACAGUGCUAUCGGCAGUUUAAGUGCUGUCCAACGAACAUACUGGACGAGAGCGGACGCAGCAUCGCAGCAUCACCGUCCGGUGGCGAAAGCAUCGUUACGCUAAACCACAAACCCGACAAGACCGCUGAUACCCUUCCAGAGGGCGGCAUUGUGGAGAUCAAGCAGGAGCUGCUGGACGAUGUGGACAUGGAGGACGCAUCCGGUGGUGCGAACGGCUCGCAGCACGGGAGCGCAGAACGGAAGAAGAAACAUUCGGACGAUGGGUUAGAAAAGGACGUACAGGCCGGUGCGCCACCGGCAAAACAGAUGAAGGGCAUCCGGUACAAGGUGUACACGCCGAACUGUUUCGGCGUGCAGCGGUUCAAGAAGCCAAGCGAAAAGGAAAUCACCGAAACGCUGUUCCGCAUGAACAUCACCGUGACGCCCGCACCGAAGAUGCCGGACGAUACGCGCCGCUGCAUCUUCUGCCAUACGGUCGGCGACGGUGUGGCGGACGGGCCGUCGCGGCUACUCAACUACGACGUGGACAAAUGGGUCCAUCUCAACUGUGCCCUCUGGUCGGACGGUGUGUACGAAACGGUGAACGGUGCGCUGAUGAACCUGGAAAAUGCGCUCCAGCAAAGCUUAACCUCGGUGUGUGCCUUCUGCAACAACCUCGGUGCGACGGUCAAAUGCUUCAAGACGCGUUGCGCCAACGUGUACCAUCUGAGCUGCGCGAUGAAGGAUAGCUGUGUGUUCUACAAGAACAAAUCCACCAUGUGCCAGACGCAUGCGCCAAAGACGGAGAAGGACUCGGAGCUAACCACGCUCAGCGUACAGCGCCGGGUGUACGUCGAACGGGACGAAAGCCGCCAGGUGGCAUCGGUCAUGCAUCACUCGGAGUCGAACAAUUUGCUGCGCGUCGGCAGCUUGAUCUUCCUGAACGUGGGGCAACUAUUACCGCACCAGCUGCAAAGUUUCCAUACGCCAAACUACAUCUAUCCCAUCGGCUACAAAAUAAUCCGUUUCUACUGGUCGAUGCGUCGUCCGAAUAAGCGCUGCCGUUAUAUUUGCUCCAUCGCGGACGUUUGCGGACAUCCGGAGUUCCGUGUGCUGGUGCAGGAAACGUCCGAGGAUGACAUAGAACUGCGCGAUUCGACACCGAAAGCAGUCUGGCAGCGCAUUCUUGAGCCGAUGGCCCAGUUGCGGAAGAGUUGCCACAUAGUGCAACUCUUUCCGAAAUACAUCACCGGUGAAGAUUUGUUCGGACUGACCGAACCGGCGGUCGUGCGUAUCUUGGAAAGUUUGCCCGGCAUCGAAACGCUGACCGAUUAUCGGUUCAAGUAUGGGCGCAAUCCAUUGCUGGAACUCCCGCUAGCCAUCAAUCCGUCGGGCGCCGCCCGAACCGAACCGAAACUGAAGCACUCCCUUUCGUGGAAGAAGCCCCACACGCAGCGCACCGGUUCCGUCAGCCAACGGCCAACGUUCGUGCCGACCAGUUCGCCGGCCGGGGAGGUUGCCUGCCCGUACAGCAAACAGUUCGUGCAUUCGAAGAGCUCGCAGUACAAGAAGAUGAAGCAGGAGUGGCGCAACAACGUUUUCCUUGCGCGUUCGAAGAUUCAGGGGCUCGGUUUGUAUGCGGCGCGCGAUCUCGAGAAGCACACCAUGGUGAUCGAGUACAUCGGUGAGGUAAUACGCACCGAGGUGUCCGAAUUGCGCGAGAAGCAGUACGAGGCGAGGAAUCGCGGCAUCUACAUGUUUCGGUUGGACGAGGAGCGUGUGGUCGAUGCGACGCUUAGCGGCGGUCUUGCGAGAUACAUCAAUCACUCCUGCAACCCAAACUGCGUGACGGAAAUUGUCGAGGUGGAUCGCGAGCUGCGCAUCAUCAUCUUCGCCAAACGGCGCAUCAACCGUGGGGAAGAACUGUCCUACGACUACAAGUUCGACAUUGAGGACGAUGCGCACAAGAUAUCGUGUAUGUGCGGUGCACCGAACUGCAAGAAAUGGAUGAACUAAAUUCGUUUGCCCCCACCACAGCCCCGCUGGCUGACCCGAUGGCCAGCCUUCAGUCGGCGACACCUGCAGAAGCACGAGCAAUCGCGACCGUGUGCGUCUGUGUGCGCACAGGGUCUGCAUUUUUACACACCAUGUUUACCUCGGCAGCAUUGCGGUUGUAUGUAGUUUAUGUGCGGGUAUGAGCAGAAUGUUAGGAACCCGUAGCGCAAACUAUUCCGGCAUCUAUGUUGGGAUCUGGCUAAGGCAUCACUCUUUGUUUUGUUAGUACACCCUUUUCAUUUCGAUUCUGUAUAUUUGCGUAUUAGCGUUUAGUUAGCAUAUCAUUUCCCAUUGUCAGGCUUAAAUUAGCUAAGAAAUAGACCAGUUUUGCUGCAACUGUAUAGAUCACAGCAAUAUUAUAAUGAAGAAUGUGCGUGUAUGUGUGUGUUUGUGUGUGUGGGUUAGUGUGCCAGAAGUGUGCGAGGGUACGUGUAUGAAAAUGUGUUUAUGUUUUGGAUAUUUUUUUUGUGUUAACGUUACGUUCUAAUCUAAUGUCAGGAGCUGACGUGGGAUUACGGUACGAAAUAGGAAGAAAAUUAGCUUUUAGAAAGCGAUGCUGAAAACUGUGUAGUAGGUAGUAGUGUAGGAAUACUACUCGAAAGUUUACGAUACGAUAAGUGAAUAGAACAAUAAGGCGAUAGUGAAUAAAGGCAAAGGGAAACAGUUAUUUUAAUGACCAUGUUACAGCAUCACGCACGUUAACGGAUACAUCUUGACCUUCCCCCUGAAUUGAUGAAGACAAGCAAACAUUAGGAUCAAAGGUAUAUACACUCAUAAUAUAUAUAUAUAUACACACAUAAAAAUCGUGCAUAUGAUUGUGCACAGUAUAUAUAUAUAUAGCUACAUAUAUAAAUAUAUAUUUUCGGACGAUUAUUUUAGCAAGCAUAUUUUGCUAUAUACAAGAAAAACAAUGUCGAACAAAGAGAUAGAGAGAGAGAGAGUGAAUAAUAGUGUACCGUGCAGGCAGAGAAAUAAAACUAACAAAUUACUUUAUGAUUAAGCUUUCGGUUAAAAAAAUAAAACAUACGCGCCGCAUGAGCAACCAUUUCAGAAAUGUUAUUAGACGGUGUAAGAAUUCAAAAGGACAAAAGUAAAGGGAUAUAAACAAAAAAGUUGUGAAAAAGGGGUGGCGAAACUGAGUGCGAGAGUCUUAUCUUCGAUUCAAUUAGAACACACAACACCCAUUCGUGAGCUCCAUUUUUCUUUUUCAUCUCCUUUUUAUACACAGUACACUACACAUGUUACUAGGCGGAUAAGUUUAGUGGAGAGCCCUUUUGUAGGACUAGGCAAACAACAAAAUGAUGGCACACACGAUGUGCUGAAAUGUGUACUAAAAUAUGCAAAUUAAUAUAACGAA